GUAGGCACGCGGAGCGCUGCGCAGUUCGCUAGUGCGCUGAUACUCACAGAGUGCUUGUGUGACUCGCUCGUGUUAAGAUUGUUUUGUAGAUUGGAGUUAAUAGCUUGGAACAAAGAGAAAAUAAAUUAUUUUAAAACGAUUACUUAGAGUGAGAUAUAAAUUAAAUAACGUGAGCUUUAUAAACUGAAUUUAGGUCGUGUGAGCUUUCAUUUUUGUAUUCGUAAAAUUCAUAAAGCUUUUUGAAGUGUUGUCCUUGCCCUAAAGAAAAGAACGGUCCUUUGCUUUAUUGGUCUGUGAAAAAAAUAAAUGUCAUUUCAUUUCGAUGGCGAGCAUAGCGUUUGUGUGUUUUUAUUGAAAAUAAUUAGUUUUUUGGACAAUUUGCGGCUUUUUUCGGUGAUGCAGAUGUGGAAAUUUGUUUCUGUCCAGUGACCGGUGUAUGAUUUUUUGUAUUUCAUCGGUCCAAAGACUAUCUAUGACCCGUGAACUGUAAAGAAGUAGAUUCGAGUCGUGCGUGAGUCAUUGCAGUUAGUGAAUCCAAAGAUUGCGAUGCAAAUGAAGAGAUGAACGUGCUAACAUAUGAAUCAGGCGUGUGGCUCUCCGCCGCUCCGGCUUCUUAUCCACAUUCCUUGAUGUUCGCGGGAAAUUCACUCAUAAUCUGGAAAUGGACAUUGGGGGUUUAAACACGAGCAACAGCAGUAGUGAGUCCUCGCUGAGGCCUCUAGAGAUUGUAGCUCCGCGCAUCGACUCAUACCGGUUCUCAAUGGCCAACCUGGAGGAGACGCAGGACGCGGACCUGGACGCCAUCCUCGGGGAGCUCUGCGCUCUCGACUCUGAGUGCGAUGAUGAGAUAUCCAGGGUUUCUGGGUACCUACCGCGGCAGCCACCGGCGGAGGGCUCAGAGCAGGCUCGGCCGGAGUGCCUGAAGGACUGCAGUGACACCGCCUCCAGCAUCGCCCGGACCGACUCGCCCGACAAUGACUCCGCUUUUAGUGAUACUGUCUCAAUGCUGUCGAGCGAGUCCUCGGCUUCAAGCUCUGCCGGCUCCAAAUGCAAAGCGCUAAAACUAAUACUACAUCAAAACCAAAAGGAUGCGAGUUUUCAGCAGAAGGCAGAUAAGAUAAAGUUGGCGUUGGAACGGAUGCGGGAGGCGAGCGUCAAGAAGUUGUUUAUAAAGGCGUUUUCUGCUGACGGGUCAUCGAAGAGUCUGCUGGUGGAUGAGAAGAUGAGCUGCGGGUAUGUGACGCGACUGCUGGCUGACAAGAACCACGUGUCUAUGGAGCCCAAGUGGGCUAUUGUAGAGCAUCUGCCCGAUCUUUAUAUGGAGCGCGUGUACGAGGACCACGAGGUGCUGGUGGACAACCUGAUGCUGUGGACGCGCGAGUCCAAGAACCGCAUCCUGUUCGCGGAGCGGCCGGACAAGAUCGCCGUGUUCCAGACCCCCGAGCGGUUCCUGCUCGCUGAGGACGAUCGAGGCUUUUCAAGCGAGCACGACGACCAUUCCAGACAAGUUAUACUAGAGGACUUCUUCGGACAGUCCACGGGAGCCACCAGCAUCCUUCCCUCCAUAGCAGGACAUUCCGUGCCGCAAAUUGAGGGACCCCUCUAUCUAAAGAGCGAAGCCAAAAAGGGAUGGAAGAAGUACCACUUCGUACUGAGACCUUCAGGUCUAUACUACUCACCGAAAGACAAAGCUAAAACCCUCAAAGAGCUGGUCUGCCUGGCGACCUUCGAGACCAACGAGGUGUACCUCGGGGUCAACUGGCGCAAGAAGUACAAGUCGCCCACGGACCACUGUUUCGCGAUUAAACACCCGCGGCUGCAGCAGCCGAAGAGUGUCAAGUUUAUAAAGUUCCUGUGCGCCGACGACGCGCAAGUCAUGGAGAGAUGGGUCACGGCUAUAAGGAUUGCUAAGCACGGGCGGCGUCUGCUAGAGAACUACCGCUCUCUCGUGGAGGAGCUCACUCAAGACGACCUCGACCACCUCGCGCACGCCAGGUCUUGCUCGAUCACGUCUCUCCCGGCCAAGUCGGCGGGCGGCGCGGCGGCGGCGGGCAGCCCCUCCGCGUCCUGCGCCUCCUCCAGUGUCGACACCAGCAGUGGCAGGCACUCCCGCGCUUCGUCGUCCAGCUCGAGCGGCUGCCUGUCGGACGGCGGCACGGCCUCCGAGAGCGCCUUCGACUGCGAGUUCCCCAUGGGCACAAUAAAGCGCAAGCCGUCCAUGAAGCCGAACAUCCCGCUCACCUGGAUGACCCGGCAACUCAAGGAGAUGGCGGAGAAGGGGCAGGAGGGCCCGGACGGGGGCACCCUGACGCGGCGCCCGCGCGCCCGCGUCGAUGAUCAUACGCUUACCAGGCAUCACUCUAUAGAGACAACAGACAGCAGUAUCUACUCAGUGGGCAGCGGCGGCGCGGCGUCGUCCCCCGCGCCCCUGUACGCGGCGGGGCCAGUGUACGCCACCGCCGGCCCCGUGUACGCACCCCCGGCGUACGCGCCCCCCGUAUACGCCGCCCCCGACCAGCUGCCGCCGCCGCCCGACGCCAUGUUCAGCUCCACGCUAUCCCUGGACUCGCUUCCCCCCCCGCCCCCGCCCGCCGAGCCCGUCGACGACCUGCCCCUCCCCCCGCCUCCCCCCGACCACUACGCCGCCUGUCUCGCUGAACUACAGGCGCCCCCGCCCCCCGACCGCAAGGCCAAGAAGAUCUCCUUCAACCUGCCCGGAGACCCCCCCGCCUCGCCCCGCAAGCCCCCGCCGCCGCGCCGCUGCGAGACCACGAGACUGUCCUCGCCCAAGAAGCUCGCGGACUCCGCCAGCAACCCGCCCAAGGACUUCCUCAAGGACCUGCAGCGGGUCAUGCGCAAGAAGUGGCAGGUGGCGCAGAAGUGCAAGCUGGAGCCGGCGGCGACCCCGCACGAGGUGCUCGGCUUCCGCGAGUACCCGCGGGGCGAGCGCGAGGCCUCCGUCAGCAUGUGGCUGCAGGAGCACUACGGGCCCUGCGAGCCGUGCUACGAGAACUGGGAGGGGGCGGCGGGGGGCGCGGGGGCGGUGGGGGGUGCGGGGGUCGCGCGGUCGGAGCGCCGCCGCCCCCCGCCCCCCGCGCCGCCGCGCCGCGCCGACUCCACGCAUCUCACGCACGCGCCGCCAUCCACUGCGUAGAUAUCUAGAGUGGAACCUGAGGGAGGGACUUUUAACUGUUAUUCGAGAUAUGGACUUUGCAUUUAGACGAAUUUUACCUACUGGAAGUUUUUUCUAGACGUAUUGUGCUUUUGUUGGCUAAAGCGGAGUUUGAUAUUGAAAUGUAUUGUAAGUAAGUGUAAUGUUUGAUGUUAUGUAAUCGUUUUUGCGGAGAUACGGAGGUUGCUUGCUAGCGGGUAUCCGAGUGCAGGUGUUGGGGGCAGACGGCGCUGAGCGCGAGCCACAAUGAGGCCGAGAAAGAAUAAAGAGGAAGAAUAUACAUAAUUUAUUUCAAUUCCUGGUGGUGCUAUAUUUAGAUCGGAAUGGAUUGUAAGAUAAGCGAGGGUUUGUGACUGUAUGUUGAGAUAAAGGAAUAACUCGGAUAUUUUAUUAUGUUAAUUUAUGUAGCUAUAAAAACAGAACCUUGUUUCACCUGACUAAAGCGUAGGUAUUUCCGUUAAGUCGAUCCGCGCAAUAGAAGCUGGGGAAUGAAAUGCCAUAUUAUUAAAUAAAGUACAGGGUGGACAUGUAAAAGCGAUAGAGCUUCAAAGGUUAUAAAUAUUGCACUCUGUAUAUAAAUUAGGUUAUACUGCAGUACCCGCUGAUAUUGCGUGGUUUCCUUUACGGUGAAUCUCGGUUCGGGUUCAGAUCUCUGCCUAAUCUUGACCUUUUAAGAGGAAUUUACCUUAAUUAAGCGUCACUUAAUAUAAUUUAACUGUCCGUAUAAAUUAGGUGUGUUGUUAUUUGAUAGCAGGGAACCUUAAUUACUAAUAAUAUAAUCAAUAUACAAUUCGUAAUGUUGUUUAAACAUGUGUUUCAAGACUGAUUUGUUUGGCAGCCAGGUGCAGCUAUAAAAGUAAAUAAAUUCGUAGUAGGAUUCGCGUGAGGCUCCCUGUUAUUGAAACUUAUACAUUAUUUAAGAAUGAGGCCAUUUAUAUAUUAUUGUAUUAACAUGUUGGUAACUUGGUAGCUAUUUUUGGUGUUAUGCUUAAUUAGUUAAUCUGUUCUGUCAAAUGAAUACUGGCUUUAGACUAUUUAUAGUUAUUGUUAUAUACCCUUACCCUUCUAGAUAUAUUAUAUAUAUGUGUAAUCUGUUUUGCGUACCCCUUAAAUAAUGCCAGAAUUCGUUUGUCAGACGCGCCCAUACAUUCAGAAGAUCUUAGAUCAAAACAAAAUAACUGAUGCCACUGCCGCCGGUUCCAAUUUAAGGUAAAUUAUUAUGAAAAUAAGAAGUAAUUCCAGUUAUAUGUGUAAUUUUUUAUAUAACAUAACAGGGCAUAAUUAAUAAAUAAUAGUAAUGACCUAAUAAAGACUGGUUUUUAUUAGAUUUAUGAAGAAGGCACUGCAUCUGUCAAGUUUAUUUUGAUCCAAGGUACCUACUAUGGUGAAUUACUUAAACUGAAUUACGUCCAUUUUUCUGGUGAGCCCUUGACAAAGCUCGAGCGUAGGCACGACGUGUUAGAGCCCAUUCACACAAGACGAUUCGUGUUUUUGGAGGAAUCGUCGCUGACGGACCUGGUGUGAAUGGGCCCUUACUGUAACUAUUCAAGUGUGAACAAACAGAAGUAUAGCUGCUGUUAUAUUUCUACCAAAGAAUUUACAAUCACGCUUUUGAUAUUACGAAAUAUUAAUUCCUAACUACAGUUAAAGUAACUUAAGUACCGACCUAAUUAAACUAGAAAACUGCA